AUGCACGACUUGCUGGACGAGGAACUCCCAAUCGACCAAGUUCACGACAUCCAGGCCAUACUCGUGGGCAACAUGACCCCCGUUUCCUUGAGGCAGCUUUCGUCCGCGAACAUUUCCAAGUUGGUCUGCGUUUCGGGCAUUGUGGUGUCGUCGAGCAGAAUUCAGGCCAAGGCUUCGCUGAUCAGAGCGCAGUGUCGAUAUUGCGGAGAUGUCCAAACUCUUCCCGUGCCGACAGGGUUCGGACACGUGGAGCUGCCCAGAACUUGCAAGGCGUCCGAUUCGAAGGGCCCGGACGAGGCGAAGUGCCCCGCCACUCCGUACGUGAUCCAGCCGGAAAUGACCAAGUACAUCGAUUUGCAGAUAUUGAAGUUGCAAGAGACUCCGGAGAAGAUCCCGAGCGGAGAAAUGCCGAGACACGCGCAGCUUGUGGCUGAGAGGGCGUUGGUCGGGCGAGUCGUUCCGGGAAUGAGAGUCGUUCUGGUCGGCGUUUCCUCGCUUUACAUGAGCUACAGAAACGACCAAGGAGUGAAAGAAACGUCUGUUCGAUAUCCCUACAUCAAAGUGCUCGGAUUCACCGUCGACGCAGAAGGAGUCGGUCGGACUAGCAACCGAUUCACCGAAGAAGAAGUGACGGAAUUCAAGGCAAUGGCCAAACGACCAGAUAUCUAUCCCUUCAUCGUAUCCAAAAUCGCGCCCGUUAUUUACGGACACGACGACAUCAAGAGGGCCCUUGCGUGUCAAAUGUUCGGCGGGUGCAGAAAAAUCUUCCCGGACGGAAUGAAAUUAAGAGGCGACAUCAACAUUCUGCUUCUCGGCGAUCCGGGAACAGCCAAGUCUCAACUCCUCAAAUUCGUGGAACGCGCCGCUCCUAUCGGCGUCUACACCUCUGGAAAGGGAUCCAGCGCCGCCGGCCUUACAGCAUCCGUCAUAAGAGACCCUAAAUCCAGAGAAUUCUAUCUGGAAGGCGGCGCAAUGGUCCUCGCAGACGGCGGCAUCGUUUGCAUCGACGAAUUCGACAAGAUGCGACAACAAGAUCGCGUCGCUAUUCACGAAGCCAUGGAGCAACAAACCAUCUCGAUUGCUAAAGCGGGCAUCACCACCGUCCUAAACGCCAGAUCCGCCACACUCGCGACGAAGCCCGCGACUUCAAACUAUCUAAACACGUCGUAG